AUGCCAACCUUUCAGCGCCACCACUGCCGCGUCUGUCGAUCGGAUCAUUACGAGGUCACCGACGACGACGAGAGAAACCUUUGGAUCCGUCUCGGGCUUGAACGCGACAUGGCUCCUGAAGAGAAGGAGGGUAUAUUGGAGGUUCUGCGGGAUCGACGCGCUGCCCUAGACUGCGACCAGCUUGCCGAAGAAGCAUCAGCCGUGAGUCAAGAAUAUGCAGAGAUACUAUCAAGGAUCAUAGAGCAACAGCGCGACUUGAAAGCUCGUAUGGUCAACAUGACAGAGAAGCUCAAGGAUGGAAAGGAGACUUUACAGAGGGAACUGGACAAGAAUCGCGAGAAGGUGGUUCAAGCCCGACGCCAAUGCCAAGAACUUCGGGAAACACUCGACCAACGACAUGUAAAAGAACAGUGGCUUCGAGACGAGAUACAGCGGCUUCGAGACGAGAACGAGCGGAAACUCGCAACGGAGCAGCAGCUCCGACGUGAGUACGAGGCCUGGAAGGCAAGAGACGAGUACCGGAAGGCAACACUCCAGCAGUUCCAACGUGAUACCGAUGACAUAGAGACACGAUUCGAGGAGGGAAUCAUAACAGAAGAGGAGUUUCAAGCCGAGGAACUGGCAUGGCAAGCAAAAGUGGACCUGGAGCGGCUUCAUUCUCAGCAGAUUCGCGAUGGCAUCUGCCAGCCCGACGGCACCCUCAAUAACGACAUUCAGGAUCCCGGCCAAGAUACACAGCCGCAAGCCCAUCUGCCGCCUUCCACUACCUCCGAGUCCACUAGGACCUCGCGCGACAUGCCCCCGCUGAGCGCCCGCCCGCAAGAUGAGUCGUCGUAAGCCUGUGUACACGGGAUGCACCCAGGAGGCGAAGUUGUGUCAUGGGAGGCUUCCUUGUGGUACUUGCCAUCGGAAGACUAACUACAAUGGGAACUAUCCUUGCCAGGCUUGCCAACUAUACGGUUCUAGAUGCCGUUUUGAAGUUCAGGAAUAGGUGUUGUGGAAUACUGGAUUGUAGGUUCGUUCAUGACGAGCACGGAUGCUUGAGAGGCGAUAGAUGGGUGUUGAAGCUCGUCGGCUAGUUUGCACGGUACAAAAAUCACGACAUGGGUGGAGUAGGUGGAGUUGACGGCAUCUCUGGCGGCUCUACAUCAUGGUUUGAGUUGGAGCUCAGUUUCUUGACGAGCUAGAGUAAGUUUUCGACGGGAGGAAUGAAUGGUCUGCUUCUUUCAUAAGGAGGUAUUAGAUUUCGGGAUUCUAUGCUUCCUGAAACGCAACAUACUCAAUGAAUACCCAGAAUCGAGC